CCGAGCCAGAAGAGGGCUUAAGAGCAAAUUUACCCAGCUCCAGAUCGCUGGCCCCGACUGGCCUGCCCCCGGUGUAGGGUCCGAACGAGGCGGGCAGGGUCGCCGCGAUGGACACACUGGCAGCACCCCAGGACCGCCUGGUGGAGCAGCUGCUGUCUCCCCGCACCCAGGCCCAGAGGCGGCUCAAGGACAUCGACAAGCAGUACGUUGGCUUCGCCACGCUACCCAACCAGGUGCACCGCAAGUCAGUGAAGAAGGGCUUUGACUUCACCCUCAUGGUGGCAGGUGAGUCCGGCCUGGGGAAGUCUACCCUUGUUCAUAGCCUCUUUCUGACUGACCUGUAUAAGGACCGGAAGCUGCUGAGUGCUGAGGAACGCAUCAACCAGACCGUAGAGAUCCUGAAGCACACAGUCGACAUUGAGGAGAAGGGAGUCAAGCUGAAGCUCACCAUUGUGGACACACCGGGCUUCGGGGAUGCCGUGAACAACUCUGAGUGUUGGAAGCCCAUCACUGACUACGUGGACCAGCAGUUUGAGCAGUAUUUCCGUGACGAGAGUGGCCUCAACCGCAAGAACAUCCAAGACAACCGGGUGCACUGCUGCCUGUACUUCAUCUCUCCCUUUGGGCACGGGUUGAGGCCAGUGGAUGUGGGUUUCAUGAAGGCUCUGCACGAGAAGGUGAACAUCGUCCCACUCAUCGCCAAAGCUGACUGCCUGGUCCCCAGUGAGAUCCGGAAGCUGAAGGACAGGAUACGGGAAGAGAUUGACAAGUUUGGGAUCCAUGUGUACCAGUUUCCAGAAUGUGACUCCGACGAAGACGAAGACUUCAAGCAGCAGGACCGGGAACUGAAGGAAAGUGCGCCCUUCGCUGUUAUCGGCAGCAACACUGUGGUGGAGGCCAAGGGGCAGCGCGUCCGGGGACGGCUAUAUCCUUGGGGGAUCGUCGAAGUGGAGAAUCAGGCGCACUGCGAUUUUGUGAAGCUUCGCAACAUGCUCAUCCGCACUCACAUGCACGACCUCAAGGACGUGACGUGUGACGUGCAUUACGAGAACUACCGCGCCCACUGCAUCCAGCAGAUGACCAGCAAACUCACACAGGACAGCCGCAUGGAGAGUCCCAUCCCUAUACUCCCCCUCCCCACCCCUGACGCGGAGACGGAGAAGCUCAUCAGGAUGAAGGAUGAAGAGCUAAGGCGCAUGCAAGAGAUGUUGCAGAAGAUGAAGCAGCAAAUGCAAGACCAGUGACACCCCGCCCCAGCCCCACAAUCGCCAAGGAUAGAUGGCCAGUUUCCGCGCUGGCCCCUCCUACCCCUGGAUCCCAGACAGCCUGGACCUAACCCUAAUCCAAAGUGGCUUUGACCAGACUGUUCAGGCCUGGAGCCACAGAGCCACCGCCCCCAGAUGACCCUAAUUUAUUCUCAGCAUCCAA